CGGCGCGCGCUGCUUUUCCCGCGAAAAAGGCGUGCUGGCGCGGGUCUGCGCGGGCAGCGAGGGGAGCAACAGCAGCCGCCGCCACCAUGUCCGGCUUCGAUGACCCCGGCAUUUACUACAGUGACAGUUUUGGGGGUGAUGCGUCGGUGGACGAGGGGCAGAUUCGGAAGUCGCAGCUGCAGAAGCGGUUCAAGGAGUUCCUGCGUCAGUACCGGGUGGGCACAGACAGGACAGGCUUCACCUUCAAAUACAGGGAUGAGCUUAAACGGCAUUAUAACCUGAGUCAGUACUGGGUGGAGGUGGAGAUGGAAGACUUGGCCAGCUUUGAUGAAGAUCUUGCUGACUACCUGUACAAGCAACCAGCGGAACACUUGCAGCUGUUGGAAGAAGCAGCAAAAGAAGUUGCAGAUGAGGUCACCCGUCCUCGUCCUUCAGGGGAGGAGACUCUCCAGGACAUCCAGGUGAUGCUGAGGUCGGAUGCCAACGCAGCCAACAUCCGCAGCCUGAAGUCUGACCAGAUGUCCCACCUUGUGAAGAUCCCUGGGAUUGUGAUUGCGGCCACCCCUGUGAGAGCCAAAGCCACCAGAAUCGCCAUCCAGUGCCGCAGCUGCCGCAACACCAUCAACAACAUUGCGGUGCGCCCGGGCCUGGAGGGCUAUGCUCUCCCCAGGAAAUGCAACACAGAACAAGCUGGCCGCCCGAAGUGCCCACUGGACCCUUAUUUCAUCAUGCCAGAUAAGUGCAAGUGUGUGGACUUUCAGGUCCUGAAGCUGCAGGAGUCCCCAGAUGCUGUGCCCCAUGGUGAGAUGCCCCGGCACUUGCAGCUCUACUGUGACAGGUACCUGUGUGACAAAGUUGUCCCUGGAAACAGAGUUACUAUCAUGGGCAUCUACUCCAUCAAGAAAUCUGCCCAGAGCAAGAACAAAAGCCGUGACAAUGUGGGCGUGGGCAUCCGAAGCGCCUACAUCCGCGUGGUGGGCAUCCAGGUGGACAUGGAGGGCUCAGGACACAGCUUUGCUGGCUCAGUGACCCCUCAAGAGGAGGAGGAGCUGCGUCGCCUCACUGCCAUGCCCAACAUCUACGAGACCAUCGCCAAGAGCAUCGCACCCUCUAUCUAUGGCAGCACUGACAUCAAGAAGGCCAUUGCCUGCCUCUUAUUUGGAGGCUCUCGCAAGAGACUCCCAGAUGGACUGACCCGCAGGGGAGACAUCAACUUACUGAUGCUGGGUGACCCUGGCACGGCCAAAUCCCAGCUGCUGAAGUUUGUUGAGAAGUGUUCACCCAUUGGGGUGUACACCUCAGGAAAAGGCAGCAGCGCCGCUGGCUUGACGGCCUCGGUCAUCCGUGACCCUUCCUCCAGGAGCUUCUUCAUGGAGGGAGGAGCCAUGGUGCUGGCAGAUGGAGGGGUGGUCUGCAUCGAUGAGUUUGACAAGAUGCGGGAGGAUGACCGUGUGGCCAUUCACGAGGCCAUGGAGCAGCAGACCAUCUCCAUUGCCAAGGCAGGAAUCACAACCACACUCAACUCCCGCUGCUCAGUGCUGGCAGCCGCCAACUCCGUCUUUGGGCGCUGGGACGAGACCAAGGGCGAGGAGAACAUUGAUUUUAUGCCCACCAUCCUCUCCCGAUUCGACAUGAUCUUCAUCGUCAAGGAUGAGCACAACGAAGAGCGAGACAUGACGCUGGCCAAGCAUGUGAUGUCCUUACACGUGAGCGCCCUGACGCAGACCCAGGCUGUGGAGGGAGAGAUCGAGCUGAACAAGCUGAAGAAGCUCAUCUCCUUCUGCCGGACGAAGUGUGGCCCUCGGCUGUCGGCAGCAGCGGCAGAGAAGCUGAAGAACCGCUACAUCCUGAUGCGCAGCGGCACUCGCCAGCACGAGCAGGAGAGCGACCGCCGCUCCAACAUCCCCAUCACCGUCCGGCAGCUGGAGGCCAUCGUGCGCAUUGCUGAGUCCCUGAGCAAGAUGAAGCUUCAGCCCUUUGCCACCGAGGCGGAUGUUGAAGAGGCCCUGCGACUCUUCCAGGUGUCCACUCUUGAUGCAGCCAUGUCAGGCAGCCUGUCAGGGGCAGAAGGCUUCACGACACAGGAGGACCAAGAGAUGCUGUCCCGCAUUGAGAAGCAGCUCAAGCGCCGCUUUGCCAUUGGCUCUCAGGUGUCAGAGCACAGCAUCGUCCAGGACUUUGUGCGACAGAAAUACCCAGAACACGCCAUCUACAAGGUGCUGCAGCUGAUGAUGCGGCGGGGGGAGAUCCAGCACCGCAUGCAACGCAAAGUCCUCUACCGCCUCAAGUGACCUCCCUGUCCCACGCCUGGGGAGGGAACUGCUGCUGCCUGAUGCUUGCCCACAUGCAGGCACCGUGUCCUGUGGGCUCAGAGUCUGCUCCUGGUAGAAGCUUUUCCUGGGGGAGCCAAGGGACCCUCUGUGGCACAUCAGUGUUUCUUUGACAUCCACAAGCUUUUACUUUGUAUUAAAAUAAAAAUGGAUUGUGAUA